UGACAUGUCGGCCAUCGACAGAGCCACGCGUGCGCUGCGGGAGAUCCUGCACAACCCGGGGAACGACGCGUGCGCGGACUGUGGCGCGCCAGAUCCUGACUGGGGCUCCUGCUCUCUGGGCGUGUUCAUCUGCCUGGCCUGCUCGGGGAUCCACCGCAACAUCCCCAACAUCAGCAAGGUCAAGUCGCUGAGCCUGUCGCACUGGGAGGACCAGGAGAUGCAGUUCAUGGCUGAGAACGGUAAUGAGCUGAUGAAGAGUAAAUACGAGGCUGCUGUUCCCGUCUACUACUACAAACCAACGCACAAAGACUGUCAGGUGUUGCGGGAGCAGUGGAUAAGAGCAAAGUACGAGAGGAAAGAGUUUUGUGAGCCGGGAAAGAGUUUCACUUAUGAGGAAGGAACUAGAGACGGCCUGUUGAUGAAGAGGGGGCGGGACAACGGGCAGUUCCUCAGCAGGCGAUUCGUCCUCUCAGAGCGGGAGGGGACUCUGAAGUAUUUAACUAAAUAUGACGCUAAGGAGCCCAAAGCCGUGAUCAAGGUGGACAGCAUCAACGCCAUCUUCCAGCCAGAGAAGAUCGGAAACCCCCACGGCCUCCAGAUCACGUACCUGAAAGACUACAGCACCCGCAACAUGUUCAUCUACCACGAAAACGGCAAGGAGAUCGUUGACUGGUACAAUUCGAUUCGUGCAGUUCAGCUUCACUACCUGAAGGUGGCCUUUCCUGGGGCGACAGAUGCUGAGCUGGUUCCCAAACUCACCCGCAACUUCCUGAAGGAGGGAUACAUGGAGAAAACAGGACCCAGGCAAACAGAAGGUUUCAAGAAGCGCUGGUUCACUCUUGACCACAGACGGCUCAUGUACUUCAAAGAUCCACUGGACGCCUUUGCCAAAGGCGAGGUCUUCCUGGGACACAGGGACCACGGUUACAACGUGUCCACCGGCUUGCCCGCUGGCACCCACUGCAACGGCGCCUGGCAGCACGGCAUCACCAUACAGACGCCCGAGCGCUACUUCCUGUUCACCUGCGAGAUGGAGAGCGACCAGCUGGAGUGGGUGAAGCUCUUCAACGACGUCAUGAGCGUGCCCAUGUCCCCCCAGGAGUACACAAUGGAGGCCAUGUUCAAACACCGGCCCUGACGGAGCCGAGGCCUGAGGGACGUCUCCUCUCUGUCCUUCACUGAUCUGACACUGGACCCACUUCCGCUCUGGCUCCCUCUAUAGGUUGGGGGAGAAACCUGCAUGGUCACACUGGUGGUUGUUGCUGGUAAUAUGAGGUUAAGGAUGCAAACAAGGACCAAGGCAGCAUUCAUUGUUGGAAUUAAGAAAUAUAAAGAAAUAUUAAUAACAAUAAUCAAUUUAAUUAGCUGCAAACGAUCACUUUUCAGUCAGGGCGGACGUAACACAAAUAUCAUCUUGGAGUUUAUGUUUCUGAUGUUUGGAUUAUUAGGCGUCACUCAUGCAAACCAACUAUGUGAACUAUGUGGAUUUAAUUUGUAUCAUGUUAAAUAUAUUUUAGUGUUUAGAUUUAAGAUUUAAGAAAAAGUUGUAGUUAAGGUGAGAAGAGCCUUGAUGCUUUUCGUGAAAUGCUUUUUAUACAGAUGUGAAAUGAUGAAAUGUUUCGUAACAUAGACUGCGAAUAAAGAUGGACGACACGACGGCUCCCCAAAAGUGAAGCCAUUUCAUCUUGAUCGCCCCCUGGUGGCUGGCUGCAGUAUAGGACAUAAACCCCACCUCCUCCGUGUUAGCAGAUGGGACAUGGGCCAAACUAAAAAGUCAAAGUACAUGUGAAAUAUGUUACAUGUGAUAUAUAAAGAUAGUUUCUGCCAUCUUUGAUCGAAUCAACAGCUGCGACUGAUGCGCUUGUGCUCAAUGGCAGCAUUUGAAUAUUGAUGAUAUGAUAUUUUGGCUUCAUUUCUGGACACUGGGAGGAGGUGGAGAUGUGUCCUCCAUCUUUAUUUACAGUCUUUGAUUUAAUAAGUUACAAAGAGUCAAAUUGAGUCA